GAUAGCUCGGCUCCGCGCUCCGGAUUCUAGGGCGAACCUGUAUUAAGGAAGCUUCCAGUUACACGCAUAGUAACUUAAAACUGGACAUCGCAUCCCAACCGAGCAAGCGCUACUAUCACUGCCUAUUAUAUAAAAUACCUAUAUGACCAAAUAAUUGGCAGGAAUCAUCGGAAUUUAUUUGAAGUUUCCAAAUUAGAUAUUAAUACGCCGAUAUGCCGUUCUCCACAUCCUUACCCUCCGGGUUGAUCCCUCGGACAAUCUCAAAAGCGUUGCGGUCCUACUAUAACCCCACCAACACCCUCUGUGGCCCCUGUAGCACCUAUGCGCUCUCUUAUAAAAUCUCACCCCGCCAAAGUAAGGGUUCUUUUCCAACACCUACGCCGCAUUUUUCCCCUCCCGCAACCGCUGUAAGACGACGACGUUUGUAUUCAACCAUGGCCGCCAACAAGGAAUUCGCGCUCGUGUGCUUGGAGAACCCUCUUCUCGAUAUCCAGGCUGUAGGCACUGCAGACCUUCUCAAGAAGUACAAUCUCAAGGAUAACGAUGCGAUUCUAGCGUCUCCAGAGCACAUCCCGAUUUACGACGAUCUGCUCGAGAACUUCGACGCCAAGCUAAUUGCUGGUGGCGCCGCUCAGAACACCGCCCGUGGUGCCCAAUAUAUCCUCCCUCCUAACAGCGUCGUCUACUUCGGUGGUGUCGGCAACGACAAGUACGCUGAUAUCCUGCGGGAUGCCGUCAAGCAGGUUGGUCUAAGAGUCGAGUACCGUGUUGAUCCCAAGGAACCCACGGGAAGGUGUGGUGUGGUUAUCACGGGGCACAACCGAAGCUUGUGCACCGAUUUGGCUGCCGCCAACCACUACGAUCUCGACCAUCUUAAGAGCCCUAAGAUCUGGGAACUCGUCAAGAAUGCCCAGUUCUACUACAUCGGUGGUUACCACUUUACUGUCUGCCCACCCGCUAUCCAAGCCCUAGGUGAGGAAGCCGCUGCCAACAACAAGACCUUCGUUGUCAAUGUCAGCGCGCCUUUCAUCGCCGAAUUCUUCAAGGACCCCCUUGACGCUUCCUCCAAGUACUGGGACUACGUCAUCUGCAACGAGUCCGAGGCCGCCGCCUACGCCAAGUCGCACUCGCUAUCUGUCGCCGAGACCGACGUUCCCGGCAUCGCUAAGGCCCUCGCCAACCUUCCUAAGGCCAACACCAAGAAGCCCAGAGUAGCUGUUAUCACACAAGGCACUCUCCCCACUGUCGUUGCUGUCCAAGGCCAGGACGAGGUCAAGCAGUACCCCGUACAUGCUAUCGAUGCCUCCAAGAUCAACGACACGAAUGGUGCCGGUGAUGCCUUCGCUGGUGGCUUCGUGGCUGGUCUUGUCCAGGGCAAGUCCCUUGAGGAGAGCGUCGAUUUGGGACAGUGGCUCGCGCGGUUGAGCAUCCAGGAAUUGGGACCUUCAUACCCCUUCCCUAAGCAGACCUACGAGCCCACCAAAUAAACUACCUGACCUUCUUCCAGAGGACAGUAAAUGUUAGUCAUUAAAUAGGAAACAUCAGCAUCACACCAACAAGCUUUGACGUUACUCAACUUUACGCAAAGGUUCGGCGUUUUAUAGAGAUGGGAUAUAUCAUCUGGUAGGGGAGCAUUUUAACAUGUGUACAAAGGCGAACUGAAUCAAAAAGGAUAGCUUGCGUCGUCUCGUCUUCUUUGCUGGGUUUCAACAACUGGGGGGUUAUUUUUAUUUAACCCAGGUAUAUGGUGAUCAUAUCCGCCAUAUAUGGGGCAUAGCUGUUGAUAGCGAAUUUCAACAUGAGCAUUUGCCCAUAUGCAUACCUUUCAUGGGUCUGAUUAGGAAUGCCUUGAAAUCCGAAUAUAUUCGUGCAGUAGGUUUGGCCAGCGCUUACAGUCC